AUAAUAAUCGCAAUGCCGUUGGCGAAAGAAACAUCUCUCCCAAUAAUGUUAAUUCUUUAACGAUUAAAUAUGUGAUUCCGACCGACAAUUCGGUUUCAGCCACACCCGUGACUUUUAACAAUAACGUAUAUUUUCCUGAUUGGGCAGGGUUUUUAUAUUCCGUCGAUGCCAAAACAGGAACGAUUAAUUGGAAAUUUAAAUUAUCAGAAAAAUAUCUUCCACAACCGGCCGAUCCACAAGUGAUAUGUCGGGAUACAUUCGCGAUUUAUCCAACCGAGAAAAUUAUUGUAUUAGGCACUCAGAACUCUUUAAAUGGAGGUGGCGGUUUCGUGUUGGCAAUUACUCUUCAAGGUGAAUUGAUUUGGCGCACAUUGAUUGAUGACCACCCAUUUGCUAUCAUAACACAAUCCCCCACAAUAUAUAAUGGUGGUGUGUUUAUUGGAGUUUCUUCAACUGAAGAAGGAGCUGCCGCUUUCAGCCCUGACUAUGUUUGCUGUACCUUCCAAGGAAGCUUUGCCAAAUUAGAUUUAAGGACCGGAGAAAUUCUUUGGAAAACUUUAAUGUUACCUGAUAAUCAUGGUAAACCUGGUUUGUAUUCUGGAAAUUCAGUGUGGGGUUCUGCACCUGCUAUUGAUCCUAGCAAAGGGUUGGUUUAUAUCGCCACCGGUAAUAAUUAUGAGGUUCCACCUGACAUCGUAGAUUGUGUAAAAUCCGCAAAAACGAAAGAAGAGAUGUUCAAAUGUCAUGACCCUAAAAAUUAUUUUAACGCGAUACUUGCCUUAGACAUAAACAAUGGUGAUGUGAUUUGGGCAGUGAUAACUUCCCCUUUUGAUAGUUGGACCGUAUCCUGUAUGCCUGGUGUACCUAAUCCGGAAAAUUGUCCUGAACCUGCUGGACCAGAUUACGAUUUUGCUCAAGCACCUUUGCUUGUCAAAGCAUGUAACAAGCCUGGUUGCCCGUUACUUGCUAUAGCAACCGCAAAAUCCGGAGUUACCUGGGCGAUAAAUGCCGCUACGGGUGAAAUUUUUUGGUCUGUCGAGUCUGGACCGGGAUGGAUUGGUGGAGGUUCAAUGUUCGGUUCUGCCACUGACGGAAAACGAUAUUUCGUAGCACAAUCCAAUAGUCAUAAAGAUAAUUACAUAUUUGAAAAACCAUCUCGUAACAGUCCACCCUCAACAAAAGGGGGUGCAAUGGUGGCAAUCGAUGUAUUAACGGGCAAAAUAUUGUGGCAAACGGCGAAUCCUACCAAUGCAGAACUUGUGGCUCCAGUAUCUUAUGCGAACGGUGUUGUUUGGUUCGGUAGUAAGGAUGAUAACGGUCAUUUGUAUGCUUUAAACGCCAAUACUGGUGACAUUUUAUUUGAUUUCGUUACGGGUGGUACGGUCGCCUGUGGUCCAAGCAUC